AAGCGCGGCGGAGGGAAAAACACAGAGGGCGAAGGGCCGGCCGGACGCAGGGACGCCGCGCGUCAUCAAAUGAUGGUGCUCGGAAAGAUUUCGAGGCAACUCUGCAGCUUAAAGAAAGUCCCACGGUCAUGUGACUCCAGAUACUUCUGGGAAUGGUUGAAUACAGUGUUUAAUAAAGUAGAUUAUGAACGCAUCAGGGAUGUUGGCCCUGACAGGGCAGCAUCUGAGUGGCUACUUCGGUGUGGGGCCAAAGUACGCUACUGUGGCCACCAGAAGUGGCUAGCGGACUACAACAACCUCCCAGGAGGCUCCAUGGACAGAUACAAGAUCCAAGCAAUUGAUGCCACCGAUUCCUGUAUCAUGGACAUUGGAUUGGAGCACAUGGAGGGCCUAGAGCAUGUUGAGAAAAUAACACUGUGCAAGUGUCAUUACAUUGAAGAUAACUGUUUGCAGAGGCUCAGCCAACUUGAAAAGUUACGGAAAAGCCUGUUGGAAAUGGAAAUAAUUGCCUGUGGGAAUGUCACAGACAACGGCAUCAUUGCUUUGCGACAUUUUAGGAACCUCAGGUAUUUGUUCUUAAGUGAUCUUCCUGGAGUGAAAGAUAAAGACAGUCUUGCCCAAGUCUUCAAGACAGCACUGCCUGCUCUAGAGCUGAAAUUAAACCUGAAGUAAAAUAAGUCUGUGCUCUCAGUUUAAAGCGUCAUUUGAAAGUGCUGAUGCUCAAGAGCCGCAAACACGACCUAGCCACCCGCAGGACUGAGAGAUGGUUUGGGAGUGGAGACUGGACUCCCAAAGUAAAUGUGGAAAGUAAAUGUGUAAACAUAACUCGCUAAGGUUACUUAGUUAGAAGUGAGAAAUUAUGUACAUUGGAUCACUUUAAAAAUUACGACAUAACAGGGCGGUGGUGGCGUACGCCUCUAAUCCCAGCGCUCGGGAGGCAGGGAGGCAGAGGCUGGCAGAUCUCUGAGUUCAAGGCCAGCCUGGUCUACAGAGUGAGUUCCAGGACAGACUCCAAAGCUACAGAGAAACCCUGUCUCAGAAAAAAAUUUACAAUGUAACAUUUUAAUUCUAAUGUAUUCCUCAUUGACAAAUACACUGUAGAUAUUGCUUGGUGUAGAUACUGACAUAGAGUUCUUUAAGAUACAAUGCAAUUAUUCUUUUUUACAUUAUAAUACUUUACAUCUUUAAAGGCACUGAAGCGUGUUGCUGUAAAUGCCUGGUUAUGAAAAACUGAAAGUUCGGUUUCAGAUGCAGUGAUGGAGGCAGUUGUGCACAGCUGUCCAUGGUGUUGACGGAGCACACUGGAUUGCUUCCUAAGCUCCUGCAUUGCACUGCAUAUACUUUUAAAAUACCCUUUGUCAGAAUGAAACACGCUGGUUAAUUUGUCCUACUUUUUUCUUUUUUUCUUUUGGUUUUUCAAGACAGGGUUUCUCUGUGGUUUUGGAGCCUGUCCUGGAACUAGCUCUUGUAGACCAGGCUGAUCUCGAACUCACAGAGAUCCACCUGCCUCUGCCUCCCAAGUGCUGGGAUUAAAGGCGUGCACCACCACCGCCCGGCUAAUUUGUCCUACUUUUAAGCUUGGGCCAGUGCUGGUUAAAACUGAACACAGGUUCUUGUCUGUAUCCCAACUAGUUUUGCUGGUAAAACAAAACAAGAACCAAAAAAAUCCCUACUGCCCUUCUGCUUCAAACAAAAUAUUAGUGUGUUGAUUAAAAGCUAAAUUUUGCUACCCCUCGAGUAUUUUGAAUGUUGCCUCCUUUGAAAUCAAGGGACAUGAAAAUAUAAAUAUGAAAAUGAAUUUUAUAUCUAGAAA